AUGGUUUCUUCCUUACAACUGUCCAACCAGUCUCCUUUAGGUGUCUUCUUGUUCUUCUCGCUGUUAUUGGUCGACACCACUUCAUUAUAUGGUGCAGGCGUUUCUGCUUCCUCCACUUCUUUUUUCGCUAUCAAGGCAACGGAGAAUAAGGAUGAAGCAGUGGCCCUCCUGAAUUGGAAAUCUACUCUUGAAAACCAUAGCCAAUCUCUCCUGUCUUCAUGGCUCGGUAACAAUCCCUGCGGCUUUACUGGUGUCGCAUGCGAUGACUAUGGAGCCAUCACCCAUCUAAAUCUUGCCCAUUUUGGUUUGAGAGGAACUCUAGACGGCCUAGACUUCUCGAGCUUAACCAAUAUGGCUGGGUUUGAACUUGGCAACAAUUUGAUCAGUGGCUCCAUCCCCUCGAGUAUCGGUAACCUUUCCAAACUCAACUCACUUCAUCUUUGUGGUAAUGAACUAUCCGGGGACAUUCCUCCAAGUAUAGGUAUGCUAGAGAGUCUUCAUUCUUUGUACCUAUGUGCGAACAACUUGAGUGGACACAUCCCUCAGGAGAUUGGACGGUUGGAUUCUCUUUUGGAACUUGAUUUUUCUGAAAACAAUUUCACCGGUCCAAUCCCUGCUUCACUAGGGAACUUGAGCAGCCUGAUUAAACUCAAUCUAUCGAAAAAUCAACUUUCAGGGGCCAUUCCUACUUCUCUUGGAAAAUUAGACAAUUUAAUCGAAUUAGGCAUUUUUCGAAAUAACUUCUCUGGUUCCAUUCCAAGAGAGAUAAGUGACUUGAGGAAUUUGAAGUCUCUUUGGUUAUGGCAAAAUGGACUUUCGGGACCCAUACCUUCAGAUAUCGGGAGGCUCACUUCUCUUAUUGACCUUGACCUAUCGGUCAACUCUCUCACGGGAUCAGUUCCUCAUUCCAUCGGAAACUUGACAAGUUUAUCUAUCCUUCACCUCUUCCAAAAUAAUUUGAUUGGUUCAAUUCCUACUUCUCUUGGAAAAUUGGGCAACUUAACCGAAUUAGACAUUUCAAGUAAUAUUCUUUAUGGUUCCAUUCCACAAGAAAUGUUCAACUUGAGGAGCUUGAAGAUAAUAAUUUGA